AUGUCCGCCGCCACCCCGCCUGACAAGCCGCUCAGCUACGCCAGCUCGGGCGUCGACAUCGACCGCGAGUCGAGUAGCGUCGCGGCUCUCAUCGGCGCGCUGGGUCGCGGCGCGUCGUCGCGCCCCGCCGGCACGCUCGGCGCGCUCGUGGACCAUGCGGGCGGCUUCUCCGGCCUCAUCGAGUUUGGCGACCGCCUGCUCGCGCUGUGCACGGACGGCGUCGGCAGCAAGCUGCUCCUCGCGGCCGAGCUGCGCUACUACGAGACCGUGGCCAUCGACUGCAUGGCCAUGAACGUCAACGACCUGCUCUGCAUCGGAGCCGAGCCGCUCGCCUUUGUCGACUACAUUGCCGCCCCGGCCCCGGCCCCGGAUACAUGGGCCGCCAUCGGCAGAUCGCUCGCCACCGCGUGCGAGCUGGCGAGGGUCAGCUUGUGCGGCGGCGAGACGGCCACGCUACCGGACAUGGUCACGGAGCUCGACCUCAGCGGCACCGCGCUCGGCUGGCUUCCCAGGGGGGCCCAACUGGAUGGCAGUGCCAUACGCGCGGGGGAUGUGCUGGUCGGCCUGCCGGCGAGCGGCGUCCACUCGAACGGCUACUCGUUGGUGAGAAAGGUCGUGCAGAAGGCCGGUAUGUCGCUGAGGGAGGCGGCGCCGUUCGAGGUCGGCUCAGAGCGCGCGGGAGAGGUGUGGCGGCACGGAGAUGGCGCGGUGACGCUGGGGGAGGUGUUGUUGAACCCGACGAGAAUUUACGUCGACCCCGUAGUAGACUUGUUGCUAGCGUGCCGCAAGGGCGACGGCCCGUGUGCGUACGAGGACGUGCACGGCAUUGCUCACGUGACGGGGGGAGGGCUGUCCAACUUGCUGCGCCUCAAGAAGGGCGCGGGAUUCUAUGUCGACGCCCCGCUCCCCGUCCUACCAGAGUUUGAGUGGCUUCAGGCCGCCGGGGCCCUGUCCGACUACGAGAUGCAUCGCACCUUCAACAUGGGCAUGGGCUUGUGCAUCAUAGUGGCCCCGCACGCCGGCGCGGCCGUGUGCGAAUGGCUCGCAGCGCGCCUGCCCGGUAGCCGGGCCGUGGGUGCUGUCAACGACUCUGGCGUCGUGACGCACGCCAUCGACUCGGUACGGUUCGAUACUUACUAAAGGAUACAGUGACAAAAA